UAGAUCAGAGAUGGAAUUAUUAACUUUAAUCCUUUGCAUCUUGGUUUGUGUAUACUUAGAUUAUUCUGCUAAAUACAGAUGGUUACGAUUGCCUGGUCCCUGGUUCUAUGUUCCCUACCUGGGACACCUGGAACUCCUCUUAAACCUGGGAAACCCGGUGAAAAACAUCCUUAGCCUCUACAAUAAGUACAAUCAGGGAGGUGUCUGCUACACCAGUCUCAUCAAUCAGAAUAACCUACUAGUAGGGGACUAUAAUACACUCAAGUUUCUAUUCAAUCACCCGCAUGUUCAGAACAGGGUGACCUCACAUACAGGUAACCUGUAUAAAUACCUAUCUGAGAAUAGAGGAAACUCUGGUCCUAUUCUUGGCGUAAUGCAUUCACAGGGUCAGCUUUGGAAAGAGCAAAGAAGGUUUACCAUUAGAACUCUGAGAGAUUUCGGGUUCGGAAAGCGGAGCAUGGAUGAACUUGUCAAAGACGAAUUUAAAAAGUUUACUCAGCACAUAGACAAACUGCUAGCUACAGGAAUUCCCAUGGUUAACAUGGAGAUUAUUCAUCUCAUGAAAGAACUAAUAAAUAAUCAUCUCAAAACAUUAGAUGUGGAACAACCAAGAGAUUUUAUAGAUAGUUACCUGAUUGAGAUUGCAGGAACUACAUCCCCUAAUUCUAGUUUCUACGGAGCUAAUGGAUAUGAAAACCUUGCUGCAACAUUGACAGACUUAUUCCAGGCUGGCUCUGAGACAACAGCUACAACUCUCCGCUGGGCAGUUCUCUACCUAGUUCUCUAUCCAGAGGUGCAACAGAGAAUUCAGGUUGAGUUAGAUAGAGUUUUAGAAGAUAGAGAUAUUGAACUAGGAGAUAAAGAAGAUCUUCCUUAUUCCCAGGCAGUGAUUUUAGAGAUUCAAAGAUUAGCUAACAUACUUCCUCAUGGAGGAAACCAUAAGACUAAUAUGGAUGUUGAAGUGAAUGGAUUUGUAAUCCCUGCUGAUACAUUUAUAACACCAGUUUAUGCAGCAAUAUUACAGGGAUCUCAUUGGAUUGAGGGAGAAAAGUUUAAUCCUGAUAGAUUCCUGGAUAAUACUGGAAACCUGAGGAAGGAUGAACACUUGAUACCGUUUAGUAUUGGGAAAAGGCAAUGCUUAGGAGAAAGCCUGGCCAAAGCUCAACUUUUUAUUUUCAUCACAGGUUUGGUUCGAAACUACAAUCUCCUGGUGAACCCUGAUACUGGAGCACCCCUGGAGCAUGAAUACAUCCCUGGAUUCACUAUAUCUCCUAAACCGUUCAGUAUUAUUCUUCAGCGUAGAGUCAAGAAUCAAUGAUUACUAAUACAGUAGUCACUAGAAACUCCCUAGAAGGGACAGAUUCAUUUGUUGUACUGUACCAUUGUAUGUGUACUGUACAGCUUGCUCUAGAUGCUUCGAAGUCGACCUGGUACUUGAAGUGAACUGGAGUUUACAGUAUAUUAACCAGACCAGUAAGAAGAUGACAAUCAUUCCACUGUUUUCUGUUUGUCUCUGUACUCUGAAUUAAACUUAACAUUUUAGUAUAUAGAGUGUCAAUGGAAAUAUGAGAGGCACCUAGUUUUUUAUUUUCUAUAGCUAUUUACUCCGCUUUUUGAUGAAUGACAAAGUGUACAAGUUACAAAGUAUAGAUGAGAUUCUUUUAAAAAAUUUAUAAUCUAAUUCUUAAAAAUUUAUACCGCUAUGUAUUUAAAAAGACGAUAUUUUUUGCUCUAGCUUGUUUUUAGAAAAUUGUUGACUUUUAUGAAACACACUGCAUAAAAUAACAAGGUUUCUUUUUACU